AUGAGUGUCAAAGUGCAAUCCGCAACGGACCCGGGCCUCACGCUGUCCAAGGACCGUUGUGAGCCUGGCUCCGUCAACAUACCGGUGGCCAAGUGGCCUAAGACGGCAGAGACGACAUCGGUCGAUUCAGAUGCCGUCGCGACCAAAAUUGUCGAUGCGUUCAAUAGUGCCCUUGCUAAAAGAGACACGAAGGCUAUUGCCGAUCUGUUCCUCGAAGAUGGUUACUGGCGUGAUCAUCUUAGCGUGUCUUGGGACUUGCGGACUCUAAAAGGGCGAGAGAAGAUUGCCGGAUUUCUUGCCAACGGAUGCCCCUUGACAAAGAUUGAGAUCGACCGAAGCACGGCGUAUCGGGCCCCUCAGCUAGGAGCCUUCGAUGGCACGGGAGAUGUCAAGGGCAUCCAAUUCUACUUCAACUUCACCUCCCAAGUGGGCACGGGUCAGGGGGUUGCUCGCCUGGCAGAGCGAGACGGAGAGUGGAAGAUCUUCACCUUCUUCACUACCCUGCGAGAGCUGAAGGGCCAUGAAGAAGCCGUAGGCCCGCGACGGUCGAAAGGGGUCGAGCACGGCGGGAAGCCAGAUCGCAAGAACUGGCUGGAGAGGAGGAAGGCGGAAAUCGAGUUUGAAAACAAGGAGCCCGUGGUCCUGAUUCUUGGGGCUGGCCAAGGCGGACUGACUGCCGCGGCGCGGCUGAAGAUGCUGGGGGUUGAGACGCUGGUGAUCGACAGCGAGGAUCGCAUUGGCGACAACUGGCGACGCCGUUACCACCAACUCGUGCUGCACGACCCGGUCUGGUACGAUCACCUGCCGUACCUUCAGUUCCCCCCGUACUGGCCCAUCUUCACGCCCAAGGAUAAGCUGGCCGAGUUCUUCGAGUCAUAUGCCAAGCUGCUCGAGUUGAACGUCUGGGUACACAGCAGUCUGGAAUCGACGUCGUGGGACGAAGGCCGAAAGCAGUGGACCGUCACCGUCAAACGCACCAAGCCAGACGGCAGCACCGAGACGCGCACGCUGCACCCCAGACAUGUCAUCCAAGCCACGGGCCACUCGGGCAAGAAGAACUUCCCGGCGCACAUGAAAGGACUGGGCAACUUCCAGGGCGACCGGCUGUGCCACUCGUCCGAAUUCACCGGGGCCAGAUUGGACGGCAAGGGCAAGAAAGCCGUGGUGGUGGGGUCGUGCAACUCGGGCCACGACAUUGCGCAGGAUUUCUACGAGAAGGGCUACGACGUGACGAUUGUGCAGCGGUCGACGACGUGCGUCAUCUCCAGCGAAGCCAUCACCGAGAUCGGCUUGAAGGGUCUCUAUUCCGAGGACGGCCCACCCGUUGAGGACGCUGAUCUGUGGCUCCACAGCCUGCCCAGCGAGGUGUUGAAGGCGCUGCAGGUCAAGAUCACCGAGCUGCAAGCGCAGUACGACGCAAAGACUCUCGAAGGGCUCGCAAAGGCCGGCUUCGCCCUGGACCGCGGGCCGGAAAACGCCGGCUUAUUCAUGAAAUAUUUCCAGCGUGGCGGCGGCUAUUACAUCGACGUCGGGUGCUCGCAGCUGAUCAUCGACGGCAAGAUCAAAGUCAAGCAGGGCCAGGAGGUGUCCGAGGUGCGCCCGCACGGCCUGCGCUUUGCGGACGGCAGCGAGCUCGAGGCCGACGAGAUCAUUUUCGCCACGGGCUAUCAGAACAUGCGCACGCAGGCCCGCGACAUCUUUGGCGACGAGCUGGCCGACCGCGUCGCCGACAUCUGGGGCUACAAUGCCGAAGGCGAGAUGCGCACCAUCUGGCGCAAGACGGGGCAUCCUGGCUUCUGGUUCAUGGGCGGCAAUCUGGCCUUGUGUCGGUAUUAUUCCAAAAUUCUGGCCUUGCAGAUCAAGGGUCUGGAAGAGGGGUUUUAUGAGUAUUGA